AUUAAAUUGAAAUUCAAAGUGCUUGGACGUUAUCUUGAGAAUAACAAUUAUUUUGUUUGUGACAAACCGGAAGCAAUAAAUAACGGAACGAAAUGUCACAAAAGCGCUCUGUUUCAUCGAAAAAUCCUAACUUAGAUGAAAUGUCUUCCGACUUCCUAUACCACUUAGCGGUAAAUGUACCGGAUACAAAGAACACAGCUGAUAUUAAAAAGCAAUACGGGCAUAUUAAGGUGGUGUGUUUGGGCGGCAAGGACUCGCGUAUGCUAGAAUUGGCGAAAUAUAUACAUUUUAAUGUGUACGAUGGCAAUUCGGGUAGCGAUUAUGAAAGAAAUUUAUUCGAGGAGGGCCACAGAUAUGCUGGCUUUAUGGUUGGCUGCGUGUUAUGUGUAAGCCAUGGUGUUGGCAGCUCCACGAUGAGUGUGGUAUUGCAUGAAUUAAUUAAAUUGGUCCGUUAUGCCGAAUGUGUGGACCCGCUUUUCAUACGCAUUGGCACUAGUGGCGGACUUGGGAUUAAACCGGGUACAGUUGUGGUCGCUAAUAAGGGCUACAAUGGUUUACUGCGCAGUGAAUAUGAAAUUGCAAUUUUAGGAGAACGUGUCGCACGACCUGCUCAAUUCGACGAGAGAUUAUGUAAAGACUUGAUUGCUUGCACGGAAGUAGCAGAUGCGGAGAAGCAUAAUGCCUGGGAUAUUAUCGAAGGCAAUACAAUGGGCACAGACUGCUUCUACGAAGGCCAAGGUCGACUCGACGGCGCUUCUUGUACGAAGGCGAAUGGCGAGCCAUACACCGUAGACGACAAGCUAAAGUUCCUGAAACGCUGCCACGAUGAAUGUGGCAUAAGAAAUAUCGAAAUGGAGGCGCCAAUGUUUGCGGCGCUGACCUUGCACUGUGGCAUACGCGCGGCGGAUGUGUGCGUGACGCUUUUGAAUCGACUGGAAGGCGAUCAGGUGAAGAGUACCAAGGCACAAUUAAAGGACUUCGAAGAGCGUCCCUUUAAGCUUGUGUCGCGCUACAUAAGACGUUACAUAAUAAACUCCCCAUAAACGUAGCAAUGAAAUAUAUAUUUGUAUGUAAAGCGAGUUUUUAUGUAAAAAUAA